AUGGCCACAACUACAGCAUUUUCACCGCGACAGUGCGUCGACGUCUCGACAUAUCCCAAGCUCGACCAUAAGCAAGCCGGGCACUUGCGCCACUUCCACAACCUGACUGCUCAACGCGAUGGAGAAUGGAAGCAUUUCGACACUGCCGAGUACUUCCAGGAGUUUGACGACAGUGCUCGUUACCAACUGGCCACCAUGACAUACGCAGCCGGAGCCGCACACUACCAUCGACUACCUGCGCUUCGCGGUCCUUUCCGCACCCUCUUCCGGCAGAUCAUCGCAAAGAUGCUUCGACGGGAGGUUUGGGCAUACUGGUUUCUCAGCAGUCAUGGCAGCAAGAUGUUCGACCCCAGCAUGACGAAGCUGCGUGAUCCGUGGGCGGAUCCGGUCAUGAAGGAGAACAUAAUGUACAGUGGCCAUCUUCUGCUGAUGACGAGCUUGUACACCAUGCUGUUCGAUGACGACUUGUAUGAGAAGGAUGAUGCGAUUGUCUUUGACUGGAAUCCUCUCUUCACCGGGUUAGGUCCGGAGCGGUACACGUACUCGGUGAGCAAACUGCAGGAUGUCAUUCUUCGGCAAAUGGAGGAGAACGACUGGGCAGGGGUGUGCUGCGAGCCAAAUGCUAUCUUUGUCGUUUGCAAUCAAUUUCCGCUAAUUGCGGUCCGGUACAACGACGUCCGGAAUGGCACGAAUGUGAUCGGCGACGUCUUACCGAAGUACAAAGCCGCACUGGUCCGGAAAAGCAUGAUCAAUCGAGACGACGGCCUGUACAGCAGCUUCUUCGCGUUGAAGCAAGGCGUUGCCAUGCCAGCCCGGCAAGGGGCCCACACUGCGUGGGCUAAUGCUUUCAUGAACUCCUGGAACUCGGACUUCGUGUAUGAAGGCUAUGAGCGAUCCACGCUGGGCUCGCUGACCCACUUCAACGGCAAGACGCAGCUGCACCCGGCACGCGUCGCCAACGCAUUCCGCAAGCUGGUGUCCGAGGGUGCUGACAAGGACGAUCCACAGACUCUCAGGAAGGCACAGGAUCCAUCAUGCCACGUUGUCAAUCCUCGGAUGCCAUUCGAAACACUGAAUUGGGGGACGUUUACCAUGAUGCUCUCGGAGCUUGGGAAGGACAAGGAGUUGACAGACUUGUUGCAGUACUUAGACGAGAAGCUGAAUCCCACAUGGGAGAAUGGCGGAUUGUUCUAUCCUCGCAACGAUCAUUUGGCUGAUGAGGAAUGGAAUCUUACCCACGUCGAGCCGCACUCUGGUAAUUCGGGAGUCGGCUACGCCAGACUGAACAUCAAGGACGGGCAGAAGAAGAUGUGGGAGAAACCGUGGACAUCAGACCUGCUGGCCAGUCGCCCAUACAUCGAAGGGCCGACGUUCGCGGAUGACAUAGACUUCCUGCGCGCCAUCUGGGACGAAGAUCAUUCUGCUAUGAUAUUGACAAUACGGCGUUGGCAGGGUCCGUCGAAACCGCAGAAUAUCACCGUUAAGAAUCUGCAACAGGGAGACUGGGCAGUCUUCGUUGGUGGGAAAUUGUCGCAGCAGACUAGCGUGAAUGAGGGCGGCGAGGUCUCGUUAACGUGCGAUGUGGGACAAGAGGAGGUCGAUGUCGUCGUUGAGAGCGCUUCCAGGUAG